AUGGGCAAUGGCCAGCUGCUUCGUAGAGCUCAGGAGAUCUACUCAGAUCUUUCCACGCAUGACCUUCGGAACUACACCAAAGUGUGCAGCUUGGUGCCCGAGUUCCCCGACAGGUACAAGAGCCAGCGGCGCUUUGACAAGUUCCGCGUGCGCAAAGGGGCCACGCAUCCGGUCUGGGCUGUGGCCGUAGCAGAGGUGAACAUGAUGAUGGCCGCGGCGACGGCGGACCACGAGGUUCACCUCUGGGACUUGGAAGUCAUGGAACUCCUGGUUUCCCUGAAAGGCCACUCAGAUCAAGUCUGGGAGGUGAAGUUCUCCAGCAACGAGACCACCCUGGCCUCUGGCAGCAGCGACAAGACCAUCCGCCUCUGGGACGCCCAAGAUGGGAGUCCGCUGGGUGUGCUUCGUGGCCACGAUGCGGCCAUAAGGUGCCUGAGCUUCUCCUUUGCGGGCUAUUUGAUCUCUGGGGACCAGGACUCCAACCUUUUCCUCUGGGAAGCGGAGAAUGCCAGCCCCAUCAAGCGGUGGAAGGCCCACCAGGGCGCCGUCCACAGCGUGGCCUUCUCGGUGGCAGAGCCGCUGCUCGCCCUGUCGGUUGGCGCGGAUGGCUCCGUGGCGUCUUGGUACGUGAAGAGGGAGGAUGACGACAUGAUCCUCGGAGGGCGAUUUGCAGGUGGCAGCGGCGGCGCUGUGCUGAGCCUCGCCUGUCAUCCGGUGUACCCUGGCAUCGCGGCGGUGGGGAACCAGGACGGUGGCGUGUGGAUCUGGGACUUCACUCCGGACUUCCGGCGAGGUACCGCGGAAGUCACAGGCCAUCAGCGGCUGCGGGGACAUACGGAAGCUGUCUGGUUCUUGGAGUUCUCACGCGAUGCCUGCCUGCUGGCAUCUGGCUCCGCCGACUGCACCGUUCGAGUAUGGGAUGCCUCGUCCAUUACCGUCCCCUCUUUGCUGGCGGUCUUCAAAGCACAUGACUCGUGGGUGAGGCAGGUCCGAUGGUUCAAUCAGCCGGGGAAUGGCCGGGGCAAGAAGAGGCUCUUGGUGACAUGCUCCACUGAUGGCCGGGUGGCAGUCUGGGCGCCGCCUGGACGUCUGCGGAAGAUCAAGAAGCUAGAGGACGCGCCGUCCCUGAGCCAAAAGCUCUACGUGCCCGUGGAUGCAGCCGCUGCUGAGGCAAGCAGCGAGCUGGUUGCCUACACAGGCGACCAGAGCAUUGCUGGCACCUUGCAGUCCUCUUUGCCUCUGCCAUCGCCACCACCGCAGCUUGCCUUGCCGCCGCCACUGAAAACCGAGCCCAAUAGACCUUCAAAGCCAGCGGGAAGUCCAGCUACCAACGCGCCUCCUCCACCGGCGGCCACGGCCCCACCGCGAGGUGCCUCGCUGGGGCCAGUAAAUGAAGGCGUCCGGCUCGGGUCGACACUGACCUCUUUGAAGUCAGCCUCAACCUUGGCGUGA